AAAACAGGGGGCUGGUGAGGUGAGGCCAUUAAAAACUCAACAAAAUAUCUACACUAGUCAUCAAAAUUAAAUGUUGAUGAAAAUGGGUGCUCACCUCCUUGUGCUCCUAUUCCUCAGCUUAGCUGCUUUCUCCCAAGCAAGAUCAUCAAUUACUUCAACUUCACCAAAGCCCCAAAUUUUCACAACCAAAACCAAUCAAAGCGACGCUACUGCUAGGAAAUGUUCAUACACAUUAACCAUAAAAACAAGUUGUUCUUCACCUAAAUACACCAGAGACAAAGUGAGUAUUGCUUUUGGAGAUUCUUAUGGAUUUGAGGUCCACGCGCCAAGAAUAGAUAACCCUUCGGCAAGGAUAUUUGAGAGCUGCUCUACCGAUACUUUCAAGAUUAAUGGCCCUUGUAUUUAUGAGGUCUGUUACCUUAACUUGAAGAGAGUUGGAUCUGAUGGCUGGAAACCUGAGAGCGUCAAGGUGUACGGUCCAAAUCGUCCUGCUAUUACCUUUAACUAUAAUAAGUUUCUGCCUAAUGGAGUCUGGUUUGGAUUUAAUCACUGUCGUAAACGCUCUCUCUAGGAAGAAGCCACUAUUAUGUAUGAAAUCUGUGUUUUAAUUGAUGUAUUUUAAUGGUUAUUACUUAUUGUAUUUG